AUGGAAGGAGCCUAUAUGAAGUGCUGCAUAGCAGAUGAAGAUGUGGAGGUUCCUAUCAUAUUUGGAAAAUACAAAAUCAUCAAGAUUAUUGGCACGGGAGCUUUUUCUAUUGUUGCAUUAGUAACCACGUUAUCAAAUAGUCAACUAUAUGCUUGCAAAAUUUGCUCACGCAAAUCUUUGAAUGAGAACAAUUUAUUUUAUCGCUUCGAACGCGAAGUCCGUACUUUACAAACCCUCAACCAUCCAAAUAUUGUUAGAUUGUAUGACGUUGUUUACGAAGAUAAUCUCAUUUAUUUAAUCAUGGAAUACUGCCAGCAUGGCGAGUUAUUCCAAUUCAUUAUCGAUCAACAACGAGUACCAGAAUUUUUGGCGCGCAAUAUUUUCAAGCAAUUAUUAGAUGCCAUUGCUUAUAUUCACUCUAAAUCAGUUGCACAUAGAGAUAUUAAGCCGGAGAAUAUCCUCCUUGAUGCGGAAAAUAAUGCAAAAAUUGCUGACUUUGGCUUAUGUCAUCCCAUCACUAACAAACUCCUUGAAACACCCUGCGGAUCUCCUUUCUACGCACCACCGGAAGUUAUUGCAAACGAGCAAUACGAUGGUAAAGCAAGUGAUGUUUGGUCACUUGGUGUUGUACUUUUUACUAUGGUGACCGGAUCACUUCCAUGGAGACAAGCUAAUCAGACACAACUUUACUUACAAAUUCAAAAUGCGGACUUUGUAAUUCCUGGUUUUGUUACACCAAAUUGCCGUGAUAUAAUACAACGCUGCAUGAGUCAUAAUCCUUCAGAACGUCCAAUGCCAAUGGACUUAAUGAUGCAUCCUUGGUUUGAAGAACAAAAUGAGAUGGCUCAGUUAUUUGGUUCGAAACCAAGGCUUCCCGUUCCUCCUCCAGCAGACUUCAACUUAGCUCCUCAACCUCGUCAACGACCAAUUAUAAUUAGACUAAAACAAUCAUUUUCUGCUCAGGCUGGAAAUUAUCAUCCUGUUUUGCCUCAAAACCUACAGUCUGUAAUAAGGAAAGUACCACGACAGUCAAUGGCUAUCAAACGAAAUUAG